AUGAUCCCAGUGGCUGAAUUCAAGCAAUUCACGGAGCAGCAGCCAGCAUUGAAAGUGCUAAAGCCAUGGUGGGAUGUGCUAGCUGAAUAUAUCACGGUGGCCAUGCUCAUGAUCGGGGUCUUUGGCUGUACCCUGCAGGUGACUCAGGACAAGAUCAUAUGUCUGCCUAGCCACGUACCCCGGGAGAAUCUUUCAGAGACCCCAUGUGGGGAGCUGCCUCGGGGAAUCUCUGGGGAUACGGAGGACCUUCGGGAGCUCAGUGGCCUCAAGAACAACCUGGACUUACAACAGUAUAGCUUCAUCAACCAGCUCUGCUAUGAAACGGCACUCCACUGGUAUGCCAAGUACUUUCCCUAUCUGGUUGUCAUUCACACUCUCAUCUUUAUGGUCUGCACAAGCUUCUGGUUCAAAUUCCCUGGAACCAGUUCCAAGAUUGAGCACUUCAUCUCUAUCUUGGGCAAAUGCUUUGACUCACCAUGGACAACUCGGGCCCUGUCAGAAGUUUCUGGUGAGAACCACAAAGGUACCUCAGGACGGGUAGCAGCCACAGCCAUAGUUGGGUCAGGAAAGACAGGUGAGUCAGAGAAGGUGCUGACAGAGCCCGAGAAGGUGGUGAUGGAACCUCCAGCUGUCACCCUGUUGGACAAAAAAGAGGGGGAGCAAGCCAAGGCCCUGUUUGAGAAGGUUAAGAAGUUCCGCAUGCAUGUGGAAGAGGGUGACAUCUUAUAUACCAUGUAUAUCCGUCAGACAGUACUCAAGGUAUGCAAAUUUUUGGCUAUUCUGAUCUAUAAUGUCAUCUAUGUGGAGAAGAUUAACUUCUUGGUAGCCUGCCAGGUGGAAACAGCAGAAGUCACAGGGUAUGCCAACUUCUGCUGUAACCACACAAAGGCUCACCUCUUUGCCAAGCUGGCCUUCUGCUACAUCUCCUUUGUGUGUGUCUAUGGUCUCACUUGCCUCUAUACACUGUACUGGCUCUUCCACCGGCCCCUCAAGGAGUAUUCUUUCUGUUCGGUGAGAGAGGAGACAGGAAUGGGUGACAUCCCAGAUGUCAAGAACGACUUUGCCUUCAUGCUCCACCUCAUUGACCAAUAUGACUCACUUUAUUCCAAACGUUUUGCUGUCUUCCUCUCCGAGGUCAGUGAAAGCCGGCUCAAGCAACUCAACCUCAACCAUGAAUGGACGCCAGAGAAACUGCGCCAGAAGCUCCAGCGCAAUGGGAGAGGACGGCUGGAGCUGGCGCUCUGCAUGCUGCCAGGUCUACCUGAUACAGUAUUUGAGCUGAGCGAGAUAGAGGUCCUCAAGCUGGAGGCCAUCUGUGACAUCACUUUUCCUCCAACCCUGUCCCAGCUGGUCCACCUGGAAGAGCUCAGCCUGCUUCACUCCCCUGCCAAACUACCCUUCUCCUCCUUUGUUUUCUUGAGGGACCGACUCAAGGUGGUGCGGGUGAAGUGUGAGGAGUUGCGUGAAGUGCCCCUGUGGGUGUUUGGCCUCCGGAGUCUGGAAGAGCUCCAUCUUGAGGGUCUUUUCCCGGCAGAACUUAGCCGGGCAGCUAACCUGGAGAGCCUCAAAGAGCUGAAGCUACUCAAGAGCCUCUCCUUGAGAAGCAAUGCAGGCAAAGUACCCCCCAGUGUGACUGAUGUGGCCGGUCACCUACAGAAGCUCAGCCUCCACAAUGAUGGGGCAAGGCUGCUGACCCUUAAUGGAUUAAAGAAGCUAACAGCACUGAGGGAGUUGGAGCUAGUGGGCUGUGGGCUGGAGAGGAUUCCCCAUGCUGUCUUUAGCUUGACUGCGCUACAGGAGUUAGACCUGAAGGACAACCACCUGCGCUCCAUCGAGGAGAUCCUGAGCUUUCAGCACUGUCGCAAGCUGGUCACACUCAAGUUGUGGCACAACCAGAUUGCCUACGUCCCAGACCACAUUCGCAAACUGAAGGGUUUAGAGCAAUUGUACCUCAGCCACAACAAGUUGGAGACCCUGCCACCCCAGCUCUGUUUCUGUACCAACCUCCGCCUGCUUGACAUUUCUCACAAUGGCCUCCGCUCCUUGCCCCAAGAGGUGAGCAUUCUCCAAAACUUGCAGCAUCUUGCAGUUUCCUACAAUGCCCUGGAGGCACUCCCGGAUGAACUCUUCUUUUGCCAAAAGCUGAGGACGCUGUUGCUGGGUUACAAUCAUCUAAGCCAGCUCUCACCUCGAGUGGCUGCACUGCAGGCCCUCAGCCGGCUGGAACUCAAGGGUAACCGACUAGAGGCUUUACCUGAAGAACUUGGCAAUUGUGGGGGGCUUAAAAAAUCAGGGCUGCUGGUGGAAGAGGCCCUGUAUGAGGGACUGCCUGCUGAAGUUCGGGAGAAGAUGGAAGAGGAGUAA